AAUGUUCACGGCUCUUUGGCUCAACCCGAGGUGUGCUAGUCCGUAUGACAAUCUAGCGCAUUGUUGAAAUAAAAGUAUUAUUAUUUGAUUUAAUCAUCACGAUCUAGGAGCUGAUAAUGGAGCCGUACGAUGUUAUAGUGAAUCAGCCUGUAGUAAUCGACAAUGGCUCUGGAGUGAUAAAGGCUGGAUUUGCGGGUGAUCAGAUACCAAAAUGCAGAUUUCCAAAUUAUAUCGGACGACCAAAGCACGUGAGAGUGAUGGCAGGUGCUCUGGAGGGUGACCUCUUCCUGGGUCCAAUUGCAGAGGAGCACCGAGGUCUCCUCUCCCUGCGGUAUCCCAUGGAGCACGGUAUAGUGACAGAUUGGAACGAUAUGGAAAGAAUCUGGUCGUACGUCUACAGCAAAGACCAGCUGUCGACAUUCAGCGAGGAGCACCCAGUGCUCCUCACAGAGGCACCCUUAAAUCCCCGAAAGAACCGAGAGCGUGCAGCCGAAAUAUUCUUCGAGUCUCUCAACGUACCAGCUCUAUUCGUCUCGAUGCAGGCAGUUCUCAGUCUGUACGCCACUGGAAGAACCACUGGAGUCGUCCUCGACGCUGGAGAUGGCGUAACCCAUGCUGUACCCAUCUACGAGGGGUUCGCCAUGCCCCACAGCAUCAUGAGGGUAGAUAUCGCUGGAAGGGACGUCUCCAGGUAUCUCAGACUUCUCUUGCGCAAGGAGGGCGUCAACUUCAAGACAACUGCUGAAUUUGAGAUCGUCAGGACUAUCAAGGAACGAUCCUGUUACCUCUCCAGCAAUCCACAGAAGGAGGAGACUGUGGAGACUGAGAAAUUCCAGUACGUUUUGCCUGAUGGGAGCUAUCUAGAGAUUGGCCCAGCCAGGUUCAGGGCACCUGAGGUCCUCUUCAGACCUGAUCUCAUUGGUGAAGAGUGCGAGGGACUGCACGAGGUUCUUAUGUAUUCUAUUCAGAAGUCUGAUCUCGAUUUGAGAAAGGUCCUCUUUCAGAAUAUCGUACUCUCUGGGGGAUCCACUCUGUUUCGAGGCUUCGGUGAUAGGCUACUAGCGGAAAUUAGAAAGAUGGCACCGAAGGAUAUAAAAAUCAGGAUAUCAGCCCCACAAGAACGUUUAUACAGUACUUGGAUCGGAGGUUCAAUACUGGCGUCUUUAGAUACGUUUAAGAAGAUGUGGGUGAGCAAAAGAGAGUACGACGAGGAUGGCAGUAGAGCGAUACACCGUAAAACAUUCUGAGCUGGUUAACUUCCAGUGAGACAACUGACAAUUACAGAAAAA